AUGGCGAAGCUGCUGCCCGCGCAGGAGGCGGCCCGGAUCUACCACACCAACUACGUGCGCAACGCGCGCGCCGUGGGCGUCAUGUGGGGCACGCUCACCAUCUGCUUCUCCGUGCUGGUCAUGGCCCUCUUCAUCCAGCCCUACUGGAUCGGUGACAGCGUGAACACCCCGCAGGCCGGCUACUUCGGCCUCUUCUCCUACUGCGUGGGCAACGUGCUGUCCUCCGAGCUCAUCUGCAAGGGCGGCCCGCUCGACUUCUCCUCCAUCCCCUCCAGGGCCUUCAAGACCGCCAUGUUCUUCGUGGCCCUGGCCAUGUUCCUCAUCAUCGGCUCCAUCGUCUGCUUCAGCCUGUUCUUCGUGUGCAACACGGCCACCGUCUACAAGAUCUGCGCGUGGAUGCAGCUGGCGGCAGCCACAGGUCUAAUGAUUGGCUGCCUGGUCUACCCAGAUGGCUGGGACUCCAGCGAGGUGCGGCGCAUGUGUGGGGAGCAGACGGGCAAGUACACGCUGGGCCACUGCACCGUCCGCUGGGCCUUCAUGCUGGCCAUCCUCAGCAUCGGCGACGCCCUCAUCCUCUCCUUCUUGGCUUUCGUGCUAGGCUACCGGCAGGACAAGCUCCUCCCUGAUGACUACAAGGCAGAUGGAAAAGAGGAAGUCUGACGCAGCUGGAGGGUCGAUCAUCUAUUUCCCAAACAAUGGAAAAUAAGGGAAUCUUAAUUCUUCAGAAAUAAAAAUUCUUUCCUUCCAGCUUUCUUACCCCUGGCCACCACAGGCCCGAGACUCCAAGCCUUCCACGGCCGGAUCAAGGCCCCAGCUCCCGAGACAAGGCCUCCUGCUGCUUGCAGGAAGAGCUUCAGGUGCAGAACUGCAGCGACUCCAGUCAAGGAAACUGAGACUGAACAGCACGGGGGCCCGCUGCACUCACAGGACCUGGCCACGCUUUGCCAAGGGAAGACACUCACUUGUCUACAGAAGGAGAGGCGGCUGGCAGUGUGCUGGAUCAUUUCAGGUGGAGGGUUAGGGCAUCCUCUGCCUCUCCCUUUUUUCUUACUGCUGCUCAGAGAGGGGUAAGGAGAGGUCACUGGAACUCACACCUUUCAACGCCCAUCAGGAAGUCUAAUGAAGAUUAAGUAAACACAGGCUGUUUCCGGGUUGGGCACAGCUCAGGGGUACAGGGCUUGCCAAGUACGGGCGAGGCCCUGGAUUUCACCCUAGCAUCGUAGACGAUUUCCGGUGACAACAAAGGCCUCUCGAGAUGAACUUGAGAACCCAUCCCUAGGAAGGACACCACAAAUCACGGUCCAGAGGCUGGGGUGCAGUUCGGUGGCACUGUGCCUGCCUGGCAAGCGCAAGGUCCGAAGUCCAAGUCCUGGUACAAACAACAACAAUAAACCCACCACAGUUCACUGUAGUGCCCAUCCUAACCUAACCAGAACCAGCUACCAGAUUCAGAAAUGUUACUUACAUCCCAGUAAUUUGUUGUAAUACAGUAAAUGUCUUUUUUUUGAGACGUUCUCACUGUGUAGUCCAGGCUGGCCUUGAACUUGUGGCCAUCUUCCUGUCUCAGCCUCCCCAGUGCUGGGAUUACAGGUGUGCACCACCACACCGGGCCUAGAUGCGAGUUCGUGCCCUAAGCUUUGGACCUGGCACACCACCUGCUCACUCUGGUAGAUGCCCUGCCUCAGGUGUGCACGCAACUGGCCUGAGGAGCAGGAUCUGGCCUUUGUCCGUUUCUGUCAGUAACUAAACCAUGCGGGUGAACUGGCCUCUCACAGUGGAGAGGAAGCAAAUGCUGAAGGGAGCUAUAAUGAAUCUUGCUGCUUCAUCUGGGGACGUGGGAAAUUUUCUCCCUGGCUUUGCACAUUUAAUGCUUCUUGACAGCUCACCGUGUGGCCCUGUUCUGUUCAGGUGGGCUAGGAACAAACGCCCAGUGCUGUUCCAGUGCAACAGUUGGUGGUGAGAACUGUUACCAUGGAAUCUGUCACUGUCCCUAGCAGCUGGCUUACAAGACUAGUCACUUUCUUUUGCAGAAAAAUAACUCACAAGCAUUUUUUUUUUUAAAUGGCUUUUUGAGACAGGGUCUCACUCUGUAGUAGAGACUGAUC